AUGUAUCCGCCAUUCUUCCCAGACCGCCUUCAUUGUUGGUAUCCCGUUGGCAAUACUCCAGCCGUCGACUUUUUCAGAACGUUUGGCCAAAACACUGCAGAGGCUGUCAAAGUAUUGUCUCUAGGAUGUGGUGACCCUCGAAACAUUCUCUACUCGCUUCAUUGUGAGAGAGGAUUUGGUAAGAAAGCCAACAAAAUAGCCAAACGAUGGCUAAUCGCUCUGGUUGCAACAGACAUAUGUAGAAAGUACGAGAUCUAUGCUUGUGAUCAUGAGCCCGCCAUUUUAGGUACGAUCGCAUUAUCUCGUGAUGCGACGUGCCUGACUGAUUCGUUCUCAGCACGCAACAUCAUGCUUUUUGCCUCCUUGAUGAGCCCACCGCUCGAUAUGGACGGAACAGUGUCUGGAAAAGAUCUUGAGUCUACAUGGCGCAUGUUUUACAAUACCCAGAUCUCUCAGGCAGAUUUGAAGACAAUGAAGUUACUUGCUGAUAUGCUUGUAAGUGCUUCAUCAUCAAAUGCAAACUGGGCCUCAUCACCUUACGGCAAAUUCAUCAAAUUCGCAAGCCUGACAACACUUCCGACUCUCCGAGAAUUCUGGCUAGAUUACUCGCGCACCGCGGAGUUGACUUCUUUGGAGCAAAGCGUGUUUGAUCAAGCUAUCAGAGCUCAGAUCAAACGACACGUCAAGGAAACCAUGGGCGAUGAUACUUCCAUGAAUUCUUUCCGCUCGGCUGGACCACCGCGCAUGAAUACUGCUAUCGUGAUCAAAUUAGGGCUGGAUAAGUACGCAGAGACUGGAGUUGUGGGCGGGAAUAAGCCAGACAUGCAGCGACUAGGUGGAGCAGGCCAUAUCAACCCUACAUUUGUUUUCUCUUCUUGGGGGAAGCGCAAAUACACGGCUCAUUUCGCCACUAAUCCCCUGGAUGGCUUUCAUCUUGCGGAAGUCUUCGAUAGCGCGGACUCUCCAGAUAAACUACGCAAACGUGCCGUUCAGACUGCUAGGAUGCAGUUCCACACUUGGUGUAAGUCAUUUGCUCAGACAGCGUUGAAAGAAGCUCGGGUACAGCUCACCCUGCACUGUGGCGAUGCCCUGCAUUUUUGCUAUCAGUAUCGGUCCACUGUGUCUUCAGAUGACUUAUCUUUCUUGACGCGCCUCUGGAAGGUCCCUACCUUGAACCAAGAUGAUGCUGCAGGCCACAAAAGCCCUAUGCUUUUUGAUGUGAUUGACACCUCGAAUCUUAUCGACCAUCUCGGUCUUCUUAACGUCCUGCCGGCUACGGUCCCUCUGUUAAGGCGUACGCCACUAUCUACACUUUACACUGAGGCUCUCACAAUGGAAUGUGCAAACCCUAGCGAGUUCUUGGAGUCCACCCUUUGCAGAAGCCCGGGGACAAUGGCAGUUUUGCUUGGUAUUGUACCUUGCGAAUACUUCGUCGUUGAUACAUUUUGCUCGCCGAGAUGCGAGCAGUUGAUCGGACAACUGACAGCGCGAGGGGAGAUUCAUUACUAUCGAUUACAAACUUCGUGGAAAUACCAAAGUAAAGGAUGGCCUCGAUACAGUUCGAUUGAACCAGACAGAACAAUAACGCAAAGACGACUCGUUGGCAUUGAUCCAAAGGAGCUUGCUGGCUUCUUAGCAUUCUAUUUCGAGUUAUUCUUCGUGGCUCACAAAAUCAAUUGGACCACAAGGACGCUAGAGUGCCCGAGGUAUGUCGAACGAUUUAAGGACCAGUCUAAGCCGCGUUACAUGCGAAACUAUCGGGGGUUGUACAGCAGCUUCAGUUUCGUGUCUCUUCUAGUUAUUUUCAUGAACAACGUUUCGACAGACUGGAGUAUGUGUAUCGACCUCUUCAUAAAGCGCGUGCGAACACUCGUAGACCAGUCAAUACUUGUGAAUGAUUUCCAGGAAUUCUUGCUUGUUCUUGCAGCUCAUGGGAUCCGAUCCGCAACUAUCGAUUCGGAGCUCAAAGUCCAUCAGAACCAAACGUUUCCGCAGAUCCUACGCUCACAUAUACCAUCAGUAGGAGAUGACAUUGGAUCAAUAGUCAAUGUUGUGCAUAUGGUCGUUCGUAUCCCACGCUCGACCUUACUACCCAUUAUAAGGGCGGAAGCUAAAACAAUCGGAAAUCCAGGGCUUCGGGCUCAGAUUCACAACGCUAAAAAUGGCAAGGUCCAUGAAUUUGCACUCCUCCGCUGGUGCUUGGGGUCUUUGAACUUCAGCUCAGACGAUCAACCUUUUUGCAGUAUUGAAGAAGAUACAGCUGGCUGGAGUGGCGAGUCCGAUCUUAUUGUAACAUUUCCAGCCCCAGCGUCUGCUCUCACUUCGCAGCCCGCAAACGAUAUCCGCAUCUCCUUAAGACUCCACAACCAGACUGUCUUACCCUUUCUGAAAGACAAAUUGGGUCCCGACUAUUUCCUUGGCAACUACCCAUUUUCUGACAGAUCGCACGUCGGAGUCCUCGAGACAUCUUCCACGGGGGAUAAUCUCACAGAAGCAUACAGGAUUCCUAUCAUAAGGUGCGGAAGACCGAUCGACGCUGCUGGGCCCUCUGCCCUCAUAAGCGAUCGUAACAGCAUUGAAUUUCUAACGCUCCGCGAUAACAUCGUCUCCGGCUCGACUCAUUCGAAAGCUUUAUCCAGGGGAGCUGAGGUAUCAGUAUCUCAGUUGUCGCCCUUCGACAUGGUCAUUCGAAUUGGCUCAGAAGAGCCUCGAACAUUAUCAUAUCCCUUUCCAAUCAACGGUGCGAGCGUAAAGACGCGGGUCGCAAGGAAAAGCUCAUGGAUUGAGCUGAUAGUCAAAAUCGCCUCCCCAGGUACAAUGUCUGGCUUCAAUAUCGAUCCUUUUCCCACCGUCAUGGUGAAGGGCCAGCCAUAUUGUUGGACGUCACCAAGAGUCAAUAUCGAGCAGCAACCGAAGAUGAGUCUCAAUGGGCAUCUCAGUUGGACUGGACAACACAUGCAUCCUAGCUUCGGGCAAGCCGGCGAGGCCGCUAUUCGUAAUCACGGAUCUCAGAGCCCCUUGCUGCCCGCUUUGCUGAGACUUAAGGCGACAAUAUGUCUUCUCCUAAGUCACUUCAUCGGCUUUUCUCCAAUGAAGACAAUUCGAAAGAAGUUCCGGGGGUUUGAAUUACAUGUAUCAAAGUCUUGCAGAGUCUGGAUUUAUGUCAAUGCUGUACGCCAUGAAGCCAGUACUGCAUCGAUUUUCCUUGAUGCAUGGGUCAUCGAAGAGUCGCACCAACGACUAGACUUCCCUGCCGAGGAUUUCCUUGUAGUUGAGAUCAAGCAAGAUGAGUUCGAGCUCUGGAGGCGACUGUUGCUUAAUAUUGCAGAACGAUGUCGGAAAGGCUGGACUCAUAAGGCGAACUGUGAAUAUAUCACUACUGGAAGCAUGCCGCUUGCCUCUCCAUCAAUACUAUGUUCGUGCGGUCGUGGUAUGGCACCAAAGGAUUUCCCCAAUCAUCCGAGACUACGUCGGCUGAAGAAGAAAGCAACCCGUAUUGCUCUCUGUCCUAUUUUCACCACGUCUCAUUGUUGCGAUAUUUCUAGCUAG